UUAGAAGAGAGCAGUUUUUAAUAAAGACUAGAAUCUGUGAAAUGGAUCAGACGGUCAGCCUCCCCAACGAGCCCGAAAAAACCACCACAGUGACGCUGGUUGAGAGCAGUAAUGCCCGUGGGUUAGAACUAGUCAGCUCCUAUAAGACUCACAGAGUAGGAGACCCCAUGGACCUGAUUGCACUUGCUUCACAAGUACAGAAGGGACAUGAGUUUAUCAAAGCCAAUGCUUGUAACAAACUGACAGUCAUUGCUGACCAGAUCACAUACCUACAGGAACAGGCCAGAAAGAUUUUAGAAGAGGCCAAAAGAGAUGCUGACCUCCAUCAUGCUGCCUGUAACAUGGUGAAAAAACCAGGCAAUCUGUAUUACCUUUAUCAGCGACCAUCUGGACAGAAAUACUUCUCCAUCAUCUCCCCGAAGGAAUGGGGUCCGAGUUGCCCUCAUCAGUUUCUCGGUGGAUACAAACUUCAACACGACAUGUCCUGGAUGCCCCUAGACAAGGUGGAGAAGAAGGAAGCAGAUCUGGCCAUCAUGGCCAAACUUCUCAGCAAGCAAAGUCCACUACCACCUUACACAGACCCCAAGGACACAGGAGUCUGUGACUGAAGCACAGAGUCAGAACAAAUGACUGCUUAAAAA